AUGGCUAGAUUGGUGGGGGGCUUCCAACGUCCAAGCAAUGUUAUUUCCCGCCCGAAAGCGGAUGCCGGAAGACAAUCCUCCCUUGCCCGGCAAAGAGAACGACGACGAAUAAAUCGCUCCUCAAUGACGACCGGACUUGCCUAUGACUACAAAUGGACAAGAGUCCAUGCAUCGUGUCUAUCACAUCCUGUGUGGGUCACUUUCACGCUCAGCGAUGGCAAAUGCAAUGUGAUACUUGGUAUCAUUCAGCUAAUUGUGUUUGCCCAGUGCAUGGAGAAGGAUUACCACGCAGUUCAGAAGGGCAUUUUGAUCACGUAUGGUGGCACCUCCCAUGAUACUUGGGAGGAAGUUGUAACCGCCUUAGGAAUGGCACCACCAACCAAACAAAAGUACACUCGCAACGACGGCCGUGCACCUGACACUACCAACAAACUACUCGACAAAAAGCAUAGCAAACCCAAAAAACUAGGUCAACCAGUUGGAUCGCAGAACGUCAACCAAAGUGCCAUGACAACUUAUCAAUCUUACACCGCUGGGACCACGGCGGGUUCUUUGAACCAGUGUUGGCAGACUGCCACUCUCAAAAGCCUUUACGCCCUUUUUGGCCCCUCUUGGAGUUGA